ACCGGUGGAGCCCACACUGGCCAAGAGAGCAAGAUGGACCUCUGUGUGUGCCUCCGGGGCUUCCUGAUCACUCUCUUCCUUUUCCUUUUUCAUUCAGAAACAGCAUCCUUUCCCUUUAAGAAAAUGACCAGCAAGAAACAGGCAUACAGAAUCUGGGACAUUUACCAGAAGACUUUCUACCUGAAGAACAACCAACUUGUGGCUGGCUACUUGCAGGGCACAAACACUAGGCUAGAAGAGAAAAUUGACAUGGUUUCCAUUGAGCCUCAUUCUGUCCUCUUGGGGAUCCAUGAUGGGAGCCUCUGCCUAGCCUGUGUCAAAUCUGGUGAUACAGCUCGGCUCCAGUUGGAGGCAGUGAACAUCACAGACCUGGACAAGGAUAGAAAUAAGUCCAAGCGUUUCACUUUUAUCAAGUCUGAAAAUGGCUCCACUUGCAGCUUUGAGUCUGCUGCUUGCCCCGGCUGGUUCCUCUGCACCCAGGCAGAGGCUGACAGGCCAGUCAGCCUCUCCAACACUCAAACGGAGUCUGUUAUCACCAAAUUCUACUUCCAGAAGGAAUAACUCCAAGAGGUCUGCCUGCCUCUGCUCCUCCCCUAUACUGUCUCCAUUCCUUGCUGACUUUCCCCACCAAGGGAGACCUUCCCUCACCCCUGGGCCUAGAAAUCCCCAUCUUUUUUCCAUUGCUGGCCCUCCCAAGGUGGCAGUGCCAUGGUCAUGUCAUCUCUGAGCCAGCACAUUGAGGAAUGAGGACUGGAAAUAAGGAGACUUGGGUCUCUGCCUUCCUGCUUUUUACUUAUGUGAUCUUGGACAGGUAGCUUCACUUUUCUAAAUUUCAGUUUCACCAUUUGUAAAAUGACAAGGCUGGAUGCAAUGACCUCUGAGGUCUCUUGCAGCUCCAAAAUUAAUCUGAUUCUAAGCUCAGCUAGCAAUAUGUUACCUGAUUUUCCUUUCUCUUGGUCUCAGGGUCCCCUUCGGUCCCUCAGGGGAAGCAAACCUGCCCCCACCAAGAAAUAGGGCCCUGGGGGAACUAUAGGAGAUAAUAGAGACUCAGAUUUGUGAACUGGGCAUUUCGGUUUUUGGGGGGGUUUUGUAUGUCUUGUGACCUACUACAUCAUGUUUUAAUAAAACCUUGAAAAAUCA